UGGCGAGAGCCCCAUCAAAGGGGAGGAUCUGACUUCCGAGCAGCUGGCGUCUGUGGAGGCGGAGGUUUCUCGAGGAACUCGGCAACAUGGACCAGACGCCAGUCCAGCACGAGAUGCCGGUGGAGACCACUCUUGAGAAGACCGGUGCGAAGGAUGCUCGCAUCAGCACAGGAGGCAAAGAGCAGGAACGCUUCGCGCUCGUUCUGGCUGUCAUGGCGGACGGCAAAAAGGUUUCGCCGCGCAUCACCUUCAAAGGCACGCCGUUCACCCCCCCGACCGUGAGCGGCAAGGGCAAGAGCACCCUGCCGCGGAAGAACUCCGUCGCGUGGGAGAUCCAUCCUGCGAACCGCGCCAAGCACGGCCACCCUGCCAACGGCGUGUCCUUCGGCGUGCAGGAGAAGAGCUGGAGUGACCAGCGGGAGUGCAACGGGUGGAUCUCGGGCAGGUGGAAGCUCCGUCCCAACAACGGCAGCAUCGUCCAGCAGCGCCCGUGCAUCCUGGUGCUGGACGACUUUAAGCGCCACAAGGACGAGGGUUUCAUCGCCGCCCUCAAGAGAGACGCCAACACCAUCGUCAUCUUCAUCCCAGGCGGGUUGACGCCCUUGCUCCAACCGCUCGACUGCAUGCUCAACAAGCAGAUGAAGCGGCUGCUGCGGGGCAAGUACAUCGCCUACAGCGCGUCGGCGGUCGCAGACGCCCGGUCGGGGAAGCUGAAGCCACCGGAGCGUGGGGUCGUCUCUACGUGGUGCAAGGAAGCGUGGGAGUCCAUCACCCCCGAGACGGUCAAGACUUGCUUCAAGAUCUGCGGUCUCACGCUCGCGCUCGACGGCAGCGAAGACCACGCCUGGUGCGAGCACAACGUCGGGGAAGACUACCGCGACCUUUUCGAGGAGCAGCACGCUGUGUGGAGCAUCCCGACGUGACUCGCCCGCCGCUCAAGCUGCCGAAGGUACCAGGGCGGUUCGACUCCAAACCCAUCACGGCUGCUCGGAAGGAGGUCGAGGGGAAGCUGCUGCCUUACGUCGCUGAUGAGAGCGACAGCGAGGUGGAGGUCUUGGAGGGCGACAGCGACGUGGAAGUCGUGGAGGGGCAGGGGGGCGGGGGCGCCGAAGGAGAAGUAGUCGAACUUUGAAUCAUUGUUCUUUGGGAUUGCCAGUGAGAUUGGAUGUAACAAGUUUUUGCGAUGGUAGGGGUGCGGGCACGAAGUAGAGUUCAACCCGCCUAGGAAGUACAGUAGUAGGACGUUGGUAGCUCGUAGUGGUAGUUUGGUGUGAUUUUUUACUUCGUUUUUGGUUUCAUCUGCAUUAGAAUUGUUGAGUGAAUGCCGUUUGCCGAUUUGCCGAUCUUGAUUCUUCCGAACGAAAAGAAG